CAUCCGAAUUGCAUCGUUAGAACUUGUUCGGAAUCCCACUGCUUCGCCUAAAGUAUAACGCUCCCCUCCUUCAUAGAGUUUCUGCUUCUGCGUUCGAAAAAUGACUCUCAACAACAGCCAGUUGGGGUUCAACAUCUCUAAAGCUACUCCUACCACCUCCACUACCAACACAAACACCACGUCAACGCCUCCGUCUUCGGCUCCGUCUAUAGAACCCAGUCACAGUCCGGUCGGUGGUGGAGUUGGAGUUAAAUCCCUGUUUUUCCAGAAUAUAUUGCUGAAGAGUUCAACAACUGUUUCUGCCACAACCGAGGCUCCUUCCACUCCAACCGAAACUGUAGCAGGUUCCCAAGGCGAUCCGGCAACGCCAGUAUACGAUUUCAACGGUAGUUUAGCCAAGCCAACCGCCAACUCGAGCCUGGUGGGUGUUAAGUCGGACUUGAUAGGUUUAUUUGAUAAAUUCGAUAUUUCUCUGUCUGAACAGAAACAGCCCGAAUCGAACAGCCAGCAAUUGUCAGAUGGUUUGGACCAUGCAGAGGAACACACCUUGGAUGAGAGCAAGCUGGUGAGCGAAGAAAGCAAGGAAAAGAGCCAUUUGGAGAAAGAAGACGAUGGCAAUUCAACUCAAGACACAUUUGGAGCUGAACAGCUGUCAAAAGACGAAUCCCAGCAGAUAGAAACCGUAGAGAAAAAUGUCGCUCCUAUAAUAACCAUACCGCGAACGCGCACAGAAGCAAAGACAGAAGACGUAGACUUUGAACUUGAAGAUUCCAGAGAGUCUGAGUUGAUACAACAGGAAGAGUCUGAAGAAUCUGGACCAAAGGAAAAGAAUCAAGAGGCUCAAGAUGUUCAAGGGUUGUCUCUUCCAUCUACUGAAGAGUCUCGGAACAUAAAACGAAAAGAUCUCAUAGACAUAACGGGUGAUGUAGAAGAACAAAGUUCGGAGGUAGAGGAGUUUGUAUUGAAGGUUGAAGAAACUCGUCCGUCCAUCAACAGAGUAGAUUCCAAUAGGCCUCGUCAUGAUUCGCAUAUAUCCUCUAAGAUCAACCAGUCCAAGGUCGAUCCUGAAGAGCAGUACCAGCAGUCACACAGACCGUUUGAUUUCCAGCAUUUUCUCGCUCAAUUGCGAAGAAAAAGUGCAGAUCCUGUAGUUCGCUAUAUUCGAUCGUUUUUGGUCAAUUUCUCACGUCAAGGCCAUACAUUCACUGCUGACCAAAGAAUCAAUAUACUUGUAGAGUUCAAAAAAUUCAUGAAUGACAAGUUCACACUAUAUGAGCCCUUUGCCUCUAUGGAUGAGAUUGACUUGGAAAAUUCACGAGAAGGCUUGGAAAAGCUUAUCAUGAACAGAUUGCACAUCCAUUGCUUCCCACCUGAAGUGUCUCGGAAUGGAGGCUAUCUUCCCGAACCAUAUGUAAAAGAUUUGGAUGAUGACAACAACUUUGCCACCACGUUGGAGAAGUUCAGUUGGGUCAAUGGUACCCAUUUGGAUAUAGAAGUGGAUGAAUUGUCUACCUUGAUGAAAGGUGAAGUCAGCUUUAUGGAUUAUGGCAUCGCUGAAUUGAACAAGAUCAACAAGUACAGAGCUCCUAGAGAUAAGAUCAUCUGUAUUUUGAAUGCUUGUAAAAUAAUAUUCAGUUACCUUAAAGUGAGCAACCAGGAAACAAACGCAGAUGCCUUCAUUCCGUUGUUGAUUCUUAUUAUCAUUAAGGCUAAGACAGACCACCUCAUAAGCAACAUACACUAUAUAGAAGGCUACAGAGGUGAAGAAUGGUUACUUCACGGGGAAACCAGUUACUAUUUGUCAUCCCUACAGGCGGCCAUUGGCUUCAUCCAGAACUUAGGGUUUGAUGAGUUGACAAUCACAGAAGAAGAAUACAAUGCCCAUAUGGAAGCAUGGGACGCGGAAGAAAAACAAAGAGCUAUAAUUAGAGGAGCCAAUAAAGAUAUUCGUCAACCUCAACCUCAGAGAAUUCCAUUGCCCACGGAACAAUCGGUAAACCAACAAUCAUUGUCACCAUCUAGUGUUCUCCUUUCAAGUGCGGAAAUGUUCACCAAGUCGAUUUCCAACUUCUUAUCACCAUCACCACUGGAACAGAUGAGAAUCGAAUCAGAGCUUCCAGCUCAAUUACGUGAACCUGUUGUGCUCAACCACCACGAAUUAAUACAGCCGCAGACACCACAACCGUCAGAAGUAGAUUCAGAGAGACUUAAAGAAGUAUACAACAAUGUCAAGGAAAUUUUCCCUACUAUUGAUACUUCCAUUCUCAAGGACUUGGUAUAUAUCAACAGAGGGGAUAUCGAUAAGUGUAUCGAUGCCUGUUUGCAAUUCAUGGGCGAGUAGACACGCUACCAUUUCAUUAAACAGAGUAGAUAUGAUUGGAAUAUUGUAUCGCAAUCGGAAUAUUUACUUACAACUCCGAGAAAGAACGUAUUAUUUCCCAC